CAGUAUGGGUUUAUCUCAGGGUUUUUUUUUCUAUGGCUUUGCGUAAAUUGCAGGUGUACGAGCAGGCGGGCGAGGACGGCGACGAUGCUCGCGCGCCCGCGCCCCGCGUGCAGGCAUUCCUCGAAGACCUGGACCCUGGCAGCCUUGUGUGUGACGUCGGUUGCGGCAACGGGAAGUACCUGAGCGUGAAUCCGUCCGUGUACGCGGUGGGCGGGGACCGCUGCAACCGGCUCGCCGCGCACGCCCGACACCAUGACAAUGAGGUGGUGGUAUGCGACAACCUCUGCCUCCCCUUUCGAGAUGAGUCCUUCGACGCUGUGCUGUCCAUCGCGGUGGUGCACCACUUUGCCACCGUUGAACGGCGAGCCAUGGCGUUACGGGAACUGGCCAGGGUGACGAGAAUCGGCGGGAGGCUACUGCUGACUGUAUGGGCUAUGGAGCAUGAGGGUCGAAACUUUCAUUCCCAGGAUGUGCUAAUCCCUUGGCAUCGGCCCGCCACGCUAUGUCCGCCCACACCGGCUCCUCGAAGAUUCCUCUCCGUUGACCACGACCACAACGCCGAGCCGUGGAAGAGCCGCUCGGGGUCGCCGGGCUCGUCGUCGCUGUCGUCGCCGAACGAGACGUGCUACUCGUUCGUGCGGCGCGCGCUGCAGCGGCUGGCGGGGCGCCGCUCCUUCCUGCCGUCGUGGCGCCCGCCCGCCGCCCGCGCGCCGCGCGCCGGGCCGCGCGCCGAGCCGCCCGCCGCCGACCUGCCCAUCGAGCUGCGCCGCCUCGACGAGGCGCCGCCGCCGCGCCUCCGGGCCCAGCCCCCCGACGCCGCCAAGUCGCGCAGCCUCACCGACAUCGCCGACGUGGAGCGGCGCGCGCUGGUCCGCUCCCGCUCCAGCCUGCCGAGCCUCGGCGUCGAGGGGGAGCCCCCGCCCGAGGAGCCUCCCCCGCCCGAGGUGGAGCCGAGGAAGAAACCUCGGCUGGUGAAACAGAAGAAAUCUAUCAAUGAGGACGACGCGGACGAGGAUCUGGACAAGCCUACGGACAUGAAGAGUCUAGUGGAGGAGAUGCCUAAUUUUAAAAUCCACCCGCAUAGAUUAUCGUCCAGGAAGCCUGGAGUUUUUAAGCAGACCUCGCUCAACGAGGAGCUGAUGUCCGUGGAGAGGUUACGCGAGAAGGAGCAUCUGAGGAGGAAUAUUCAGAAGCAGGCGUCGCUCAACGAGGAGUAUCUGUACCGUCGCCCGGGGGCGCUCGACUCGAUCCGUGACUCCAUAUUUUCUACGUCGGCGAACACGGCAAAAAAGUUCCAGUCCCUGAAAAACGGCCUCACUAGUAAAUUCAAAACGUCCACAACGAAUAUAGAUAAAGUGACCGUGUUCGUGCGAAUGCUGCAGGGUUGGAAGAAUCAUGGACCGGUGCCCGAAGUUCCUACGCCAAACGACAAUACUACUGAGCGAGAGGUCUACGGAAGCGAGAGAAAUUACCCGGAAAGGCGGCAUUCGAAGGAAGAUGGCUCGGAUUCUUCGAAGGAUAGCAGUUUACAGAGUGACACUAGUGUCGAUUCGGAGGACAGUUUUGCGUCAGUAAUAUAUGUGCCCAAAGCGGACGGUUCGGGUGAUCCCUUAUCGCCCACGCCACUCUCACCCGGACCGACCUCACCCAGGUUAAAGGUGUCCUCAGUACCGACCUCACCUAGAAUGAAAAGUUCACCAGGCCUACCGUCUCCGCGAAUAAAACAAGCUUUCCCCUUAAUACGACCACCGGCCUCCCCCAGUGCUGUCCAAGCGCCUGUCAAUAAAAUACUAGUUGCCCAAUAUAGUCUUAAAAAUUAUACCACUUCUAGUGCAGUGUGCACCGCUCCUCUAAAACCACAGUCAAAAAGCCAGCCUAAUUCACCACCGAAAUCGGAGUCAGACGAAAAACUUGCCAAUACAAAGCCUAUAGUAGCAAUACCAGAACCACAACCAAUUAUCAAUAAAAUACCCCCUCCAAUAGAAAUAUACGAAGAAAUAGACCCAAUACCGCCUAUAAAAGAGGAGGAGGAAACGACGCCUUCUGAUGUGACUAAAGAACUAUUAGCUGAAAUCAGUAGAGACAUUGAAGAGAUUCACAAACUAACAGCGGAAAGUAAUCAAAUAAAACCACGUGUUCUUCAAGAUGUAAAACCUUAUCCGAAAAUAACAUUACAGACGGUUGCAGAAUUGCCCGAAAUCCCACAAUUUAAACCUAAAGAGCCUCGGAAAUCUCCCACUAAUGACAAUUUAGAUUCAAGGGCGGCAGAUCGUAAGAGAAAAGAGAGAAUAAGGCAAAUUAAAGAGAUGCUAAACAAAGGAAUUCCUGCAUCUAAUGUCAGUAGGAGGCCACCGUUCCCGAUAGUGCGAUGUAACAGGAAAGCGGAGGCAAUAGCCAAAAGUCACCCAAAGCUAAUGUCGCUGGAAUUAUUCAACCCGGCCACCGAUGAUGUAGACAGUGACUCAAGUGGCGUUUCGUCACCCGACUCUGUCGACAGCGUUAUAAGUGUCGUCCCGGAAGAAUUACGAAAGACUGCCAUAGAAAAAGACCUUCCCAACCCAUCAAUAGUGGAGCCUACUAAUGAGAAAGAAGACGACAAGCCUGAGAAAUCUCCUUCGGUAUCUCCGUCGCCACAAAACCUAUUAGAAGCGGUGGCUGAAGUCGCUGCUACUUUAGACGAAACCUGUGAAACUGUAAUAAAGUCCAGCCCAAGAUCGAAGCGAAAGCAUUUAGAAAAACUUGAAAGCACUGAAGCGAUGGCCAUCGUCCAAGGAGCUUCAAGUAGUAGCAGUAGUAGCAACUGGAGUCUUAAUAAACUCUCUCCAGGUGAUUUGAGGAUUUUAGACGACAAGUCCCGGUCACAUACCAGCUCAAGUGGUGGAAGCUCUUCAAGCCUGGAGCGACUCUCACCAGGCCGGAGGUCAAAAGAGCGCUCUCCAAAACUCGGCAGCACCAGCAACUCCACGUGGAGUCUAAACCGAUUAUCCCCCAACAGACCCGAAGGACGCUCUCUAGACGAAAAUCUCAGCAAGAGUCACAGAAGCCCAACUAGAAUACCAUAUGAUUCAGUUUCAAUGUCAAGCACCGACUCCGAGAAAUCUAUCUCCAAAUCUGAGAGUUUCAAUAGGAUACAGAAUGAACCUCUUAUUACAUGCAAAUCAGACAUGCUAGGUAAAGAAGAAGAAUGGAUAGCUGAUCAGCACGAGCGCGGUCAUCAUUUAACAGAAUUUGCUGAGAAACUUAGCGAGAAGUUGCUUCAGGAAAUAGACCAAUACUCCAAGCGGAUUAACGAGGAAGACUUCGACUUGCCGAGUAGUAGUAGUAGCGAGAAAAGUAUUUCCCUUAGACUUAAACGGGAAGAGGAAGACAGAAAUACACAAAAGAUUCUUGAUGAGCUUUCUGAUAGCUUACAACACCUAGACGAUCCGUACAUUAGUAAAAUAGGAACUGACAUGCAUGGUUUGAAUAAGCUAAGCGCCGAAAUUCAAGAGCGGCAAAAAUUCAUAGCAUCCUUAAACGACUCUCAAGAGACGGAUAUAAAUAAACUCUUCCCGAAAUGUGGAACUAAGUUGAAAAGCAAAAAGAGGUCGAAAGACGUCGAUCCUAUUAUAAACAAAUAUAGGGAACUUAAAAAGAGCAUGAAAGUAACCAGUGAUGAGGACAUUUAUCUCAAUAACUGUGCCAACAUCCAAUAUAACGUAACUAAAUCUACAGAAGACAAAUUACCUGAUAUGGACACUAAAAACCCAGACGAUGAUAGCGCGAUUUGCUCGAGCAACGGUAACCCUGAAAUCACAAUCGAUUCUGGAGCUUAUGAUACCAGCCAGUCGCUCGAAACUGGGUACUCGCUAGAGUCAGAAAUAAGUGUAGACUCACUAUGUACCAGUACUGACAAAAGGUCGUCACUCAAAGUCGGACAAUCGACUGACUCGAGCGAUAUUGACAAGAUGGAGAUAAGUCCAGAGUCAAUCACAUCGCGAUCAAGUGCCAGCACAGCGCCGCUAAAGUCUGGAUUUUCAAUUGAGUCCAGCGACACGUAUGCAGGAAGCGAUUGGAGUCGACGAGAUAAAACUGGAAGCACCGCUUCGCUCGGCUGCGCGAGUUUAGCUUCUUUACCUUCAUGCAGCGAGUGCUCUAAGGAUAGAAAGCUGUUGGAAACGCGGUCGUCUUCAGAAGAUACAGCCCCGGCUGUGACAUCAGCCAGAGCCAUACCUCACGCUCCACUUCUACCAUCCCUAAGUGACGGUUCAGAUAGCUUACCCUCAGAAGGCGGGGCAGUAACCUACCACAGAUAUUAUCACGUUUUUAAAAGAGGCGAGCUAGACCAACUGAUCGAGCAGUACGUCGAGAGUCUCCACGUCGUCUCCUCUUUCUACGACCAAGCCAGCUGGUGUGUGAUCGCGGAAAAAGUUCAAGUGUGGACUAUUUAAUUUCCCAAGAGUACCUUUAAUAGUGACUAACACUAUACAAGUGACCUUAACGAACUCAAGUGAGUGUUAAAAACUGACCCGGGUGUUAAACCGAUUGCCAAAAGCGAAGCUUUUGUUUUUAAUAUACUUAUUCUUAGUCGCUCUAUACCGGUUUACUAGUUGUUACUUAUACUGUGUCUACUCGCCCGGGCUACGUCGUGUUUUAACAGACGAGCGUACCGGACCGCGACCAUGGUCCGGUCCGCCUGUUCGAUCGAGUGGAAGGUGGUUUACCGUACGUCCGUUAAGGACGCAGCUAUGAGUAAAUGAAAAAUAUAUAAGCCGACCGGAGCAAGAUCGCUGUCCGGUACGCCCGUCUAAGAGCACUAUUAACGGAGGGCGUUAAGGGAAAUAAAAAAUAAUCCUAGUUUUUAUCAGACUUUGAAAAUAGGGUCUAUAUUCUGAGGAACGAUUGGAUUUUUUUAUUUCCUAUUUAGUAUUCUGCGCGAGCUCAUAACUCGCAUAAAAUGAAAUCUAAGAGCUUUAAAUAGUGAAAAUAAAUAUAAUAUAUUAUAUACUUCAGUGGCUCAAUAAUAUAAGCUACGAAAGCUUAUAUACUAUAACCGAGUCCUCGGGUUUGUGGCGUCGUGCGAGUUUAUCGAAAUAGUAACAGUUUCUAGUCAUUAUUAUUACGACAAUAAGAUUAAUAGCAACGAGAAGCAGCCAUCAUCGUAGUUCAGGACGACGUCACAAACCUCCUAGCUUUAGUCAUGUGAAUACUUCGAUUUAUUUGUUAUAAAACUGAGCUGGCCUCUCGUAGUGGGUAGGGUUGACCGUACGGGUCACUCGUCCCGUAUUGCCGAUCUAUAUAUAAUUCUUAUACUAAAUACGGACCAUUUAGUGAGGUUAUAGAGUUAGUCAUCGUAGUGAACCCUUGCCUAAUUUAAUAUCGACGAGAGUACAAAUACACGCGUCAUACUCAGUGUACAGUUUGGGGUAAUUUUUUCACCUUACUGAAAUGAAAUGAGGUGAAAAAAUAUACAUAUCUUGAACUUCGACUGUACUGGCCUUUAAUUAAAUUUACAGUUUGUCUGCACUUCAUGCCCAUUUCUACAUACUGAUUAUAGCAUAGGGUGACUGCUGUUAUUGGCCCUACCAUAGUAAUUGGCCACACUUAACCAAAGAGAAUUUGAAAUAGAGGUGGAUUGUCAAAGUAAACUUACUGCCAUCUUUCGACACAUGUUUAAAAUUUUUAGAACGCCAUUUGACUUUGCUCCUUAUUCUUUCACUGAUAUGUUUUUAAAUCUCCUCGAGCAUAGACCAAAGGUUAGGCGGCAUCUUUUCGAGCGAUGUUGCCAUACCUUUGGCCUAUGUUCUAGUAGAUGGCGCCACUUUCGGAUAUUUAACAAAUUUAACACACACCAGUCAAAUCAAAACAACAUGACGUUUUAAGAGUUUUAGUCAUGUGUCGAAAGAUGGCAGUAAAUUUACUGUGACUACAACGUUAACUUUGUCAAUCCACCUCUAUUUCAAAUUCUCUUUUCUCUUAACAAAUCAGAAAGAAAUAAGGCAGUAGAAGUAUGUUAAGAGUGGCCAAUUUCUAUGAAGUGGCCAAUAACUAUAGCGGUCACCGUAAUAGAAAAUAUUUUAUUGAAGUUGGAAUAGAGAACUUUGAGAAAGAUGAACUGAGUAUAUCAAUAAUUUAUAAUGCUAUGGUAUUACGUAGUAGAUGUUUAUAUCGAAGCUAGAGGUAGAGGACCAAGCUGGCUCUACCCAGAUUUUGAACUGACAGAGUGGUAAAAAGCUACAGCCAUACACAAUGGUUUAUUAUAAAUCAAGAUAGAUUAUAAGCAUUCCAAAGUUGAAGCACUUACCUUCAGACAAAGCGUACAAGUUGCCUUUAAGUCGCAUCUGAGCAAGGCAAAGAGCUCUCGCUCACCGAAAGAAAAAGAGAUGAGCUCAUGUUUAAACAACGAGUGUGACAAAGAUGAAAGGAAUGCGAAAAUUUAUCAAAAACAGAAUUAAUGAAAAUUAAUAACAGAUUUCUUCGUAGGAAUAGAAAUAAAUAAGUAUGGAAGUAUUUUUUGUGCUCCUUAUGUAUGAGUUAUAAAUCAUAAUAUCAUUGGCCAUAAAAUGAAAGAUGUUUGCAAACCUUGAUCUUUUUAUAGAAUAGAUGUAACAAUUCUAACAGCUGCUGGAUUUCGUGGAUUAUUCGAGGCAGAAUUAUUAUCUAAAGAUUCUUUUUCCGUUCUUCAAUUCAAUGUCAGUUUGUAGAAACGGGAUGAAUAGCAAAUAAUUUAAUUUUUCACACUACGGCGGAUUGGCACAAGUCCGUGGUAUGACAGCUUCGUUAUAGUCCUAAACAUUUAGACUAGGUUUAGUCAAAUUUUGUCGUAGCUGUUUCUAAUAGAAACUAUAAUAAUUUGCUAUCAGCAACGAGAAUUUGAAAUAGAGAUGGAUUGUCGAAGAUAACUUUGUAGCCACAGUAAAUUUACUGCCAUCUUUCGACACAUGAUUAAAACUUUUGACUUUGAUCCUUAUUCUUUCACUGAUAUGUGUUAAAUUUGUUAAAUAUCAAUCAAUAUAAACGUUUGAAUCAUGUGUCAAAAGAUGGCAGUAAAUUUACUGUGGCUACAAAGCUUUCUUUGACAAUCCACCUCUCUUUCAAAUUCUCUUUGCUAUCAGUCAACUUAAAUACGAAUUUUUUUCACAAAAAUUCUAUUGAAUAAGUGAAUAACGAAUUUUAAUGUUAAUUUUUUAUGACAUACUUAUUACUUGAUAAUGAAUAAUUUUAAUUAGUGUGUAAAAUUUAAAUGCCGCAUUCAAAUAUAAAUAGCAUUCAUCGUCAUUAUUAUAAAUGGCAACACCACAGGCAAGAAGAUGGCAACAUUGGUCGCGUUAUAUACUGAAGGCAAGUAUUUGGUAUCAAUGUAAAUAAUCGCUAUAAGUAUAUAAAGGCUAUUAGAAAAUAAUUAUCAAAAAAAUCAGUGAGAUUAAAAUUUAAUAUUAGAUUAGUCAUGCUUUUUUCAUGUUUUUCUAAAUUAAUGAAUCUCAAAAUGUUUUUAGAAAAACAUGAAUUUGGCGUGAGUAGUUCUCAUACUUCGUCACUAGGAUUGUAUGCAAGUAGUCACUACUGAAACGUAGCGAAUAGGUAAUAUAAUAUAUAACAUGCACAACCGUUGGUUAAGGUUAAUUUAAUAUAUGUAUAAGUCUUUAUUGUAAGUCAGUUCCAUCGCUAAAACGAUCUUGACAAAAACGAUUAAGAAGUCUAAUAAAUUAUUAAAAAAUAUCGAAAAGAGUGGAAAGGUUAAGGGGUCGGUAAAAAAGGGAUUACUUUGGAAAUGUGUUUUUUGGGUCGACUGGAUCUCAAAAUGACCGGUUCUGCAUGAUCGGAUCGCAAAAUGACCACAAUUGCAGAAAGCCUAUAUUUCAAAAUAACAUGGUAAAAAAACGACUACCUUGCAAAGUCUUCGUCUCAGAAUGGUUAGUAGGUAGUUCGGCAGGUUAGGUUUGUCAGGUAACUUCAACCGCCCUGCCCAGAAAUAGGACCGCCGCAAAGCGGGGCUCCGUGUAGUUAUGUUGUGAAGGAGAUGUUUCCCCUAUUUCUCGACGCUUUGUAAUUCAGAUUACGCCAUUCGAAUUCCCAUAUCUACAGAAGUCUUAAAUGAAGCUAUACUCUGUAUCUUUAGGUAGUUAAAUAAAAGUAAACAAAAUCUACCCUCAAAUGGCUCCUUAAGCCAGUUGAGGGUAGAUGAAAACAUUACAUGAUCAAAUAAUAUAGGUAAAAGUCAGGUCGUUCAGUCACAGAUCCAGGCGGUUUUGUAUUUGGUUGGUUAACCAAUAAAUUUUAUACCUAUCUGAAAAUUUACAAAUUGUUUGUUUACUUUUAUUUAAAUACCUAAAGAUACAGAGUAUAGGUCAUUAAUAAAAUAUAACUUAAUUUCCUGUUGAACUUAAAAAUGGGGCAGUCGUCUCGAUAUGAUUAUAAAGUGAACUAACGUGGAAGUGUGCACCUAAUGAAGAAUUAAUUACGCUUGAAACGCGUGUAACUCUUUAGUGAACACCCGGCACUCCAUCGUAGCUAUUUGUAAACUACCGAACAACGUCAAACUCUGCAAGCAUUUUUGAUAUUGGCAAAAUCAUCGUAAGCUAUGUUUUUAUUAUCUCUUUCUUCAUAGAUGACAAGGUUUUUUACAACAUGAAUAUAAAAGUAAAACAUAAAAGACAAUACAAAACACAUAUAAACAUAUUGAAAAAACCUAACCUAGGGUGCUUCAAGCAGCGGGGCAGGGCCCAAGCUGCCGGUGGUCAGGCCCACAGAUCGGAACCGACGUACUAUACGCGCCGUGUCCAAGACCACCGCCUUCUGCAUCUGACCUUUGAUCCAACUACCUAGCGAGAGUCUCUCACGAUGUUGGUCGAGACUCGAGACUCUUCACUAUCAGACUGCUCGCUGAAACGACUGACGACGAUUAUUAUUUUUAUUAUUACAACUCUCUUGCAUAUUCGUAGAUACAUCUACUUGUCGAGUGGGUUUGCUGGAGUUUGCCAAUCCGCAGAAUCUCAAGUAACAGCUCUUCAGAUUCCUAUUGAAAUUUUCCACCCUUUAAAGUAUGUCGCGUUUUCAAUAAUCUCUACCAUAUUAAAUUGUAAAUAUUAUCUGGAUCGAAGGACCAAUACUAGAUCAUACGCAGGCACUUAAUUGUAUUUGUCAAUUUCAUUAUUACUUCACAGUAUUCUCUAAAUAAAACAUUUCAUAUCGGAUAAUCAAUUACUACUUGACAAAAUUAUCUUACUGUAAGUAAAUAAAUUUACUUUUGAAUUUGAAGCCUUGUCGGCGGUAAAUUUAUUUUAUUUGGAAGUUGUGAAGUUUUUAAAUCAUAUCAAUGCUUUGGUAUAGAGAACUCUAUAAUUUUCCUAUUUUUGUAAUUUGUAUUUGAAAGCGUAAUUUAAUUUUAAUAUAUUAAAUUGGUUUUAUUACGGGUGUUACACGGAAGUAGACGUAUUGGGUCAUACUCAGAUACCUACAUAAUUAAUUAUGAAAAAAAAAACAAGCAAGUAAUUUUAAUAACGUAAUUUAUCGGCGAUAAGACCGAUGAUUGUAUUACCUCUAUUAUGAAUAUUGUAAUAUGUAUUGUUUCUUUUAUUGCAGUACAUAUGCAAUAAACGAUACCUAUUGUAUUGCAUACCCAUAAAAACGAGUGUUACUUAAACCAAAACUCGACAGGAACAAUAACAAAAAAAAAUUACAGAGAUUCCGAGACUCGAAUUAUUGAUCGACAUAUUUUGAUCCGUUUCGAGGAUCAUCGACCGGAGCAACGGACAUACACUGCGAGCUAGGGAUCAACUCGCACGGCUACUUGCUGCUGCUUUUUGCUUAACCUAACCAAGAUGACAAAUUAUAGGCACAUCGACAAACGCCAAACGAAAGAUAAUGUAUCGAGAUGACAGAUGCUACGAAAAGUCAAGUGACGAUUUCCAUACAUUAUUCAACGAAUUCACUGCCAGCAACCCGCCAGACGGGCGCUCAGUCCGUAGUCGCUUUUCGCUACAUACGCAUUUUCCCAUGUUAUCGGCUACGCUCGUAGCGCGUAGCACGCCCUGGCACUGAAUGUGUUAAGUAUAAAUUGGCAUUUUCUAUCAACCAUUGUCAUCGUGGUUAUCGGCCCCAAGUUGCAAAUAUUAUGAGCGAUAUUUCGACUAAAAUUAAGUAGAUUAAGAAUGACUCACGCUAGAACUACGAACUGUCCCGAGUCCAAGGCGUGCGGCACUUCGUCAGUGGUUGACACUGUUCGGGCAAUCUCGGCUCCAUUCAGCCCAGCGUUGCUACGAGCAAUUAUUAGGGUUGGCACUUGACAUCCCUUUGUGUGCACAACCACAGAUAAGAUAAUGACUUUAAUUUUGACAACCCUAAAUAGCCGAAAGGGAUAAUGCCGUACAUUAGAAUGGGAUAGCAUGAUUCUUCCCUGAACUGCUGUCAAACUUCGGUUUUGUAGGAAGUGUUAAGACACCUGUACGGUAGUGUUAUUAUUUAUUCUGUGACGUUUUCUAUGCCUCGAAAGCCUCGGUGAUCACGUGAUCUUUUCUAUAGAAAACAAGGGUGAACAAAGUGUCGGGCGCCUCGGCCUGGACCCGGGACGUUCUAGCGUGAAUUAUCCUUAACUUAAAUUGAUGAAUUUAUUCGCGUUCGAGGUACCUUUACCCGUUAAAAUUAAUUUAAACGUAAAUAACAGUGAAUAAUUCCAAGCAGAUUAAUCUACAGUAUUUGCCUCAAGUUCCAAAUACCAUAAAGUCUUACGGCGUAAACUGACAUCUUUCUCUUUACAAUAGCCCCCUUAGAAAAAUUAAGUAUAUCUGUGUAUGACCCACAAUUUUAUACCAAAUUAUCCAUCGUGACCUUAAUUGUGAACCCCGUCAUACCUAAAACUGUGUAAAAAUUUCUUUUUUUGAGAAAAGGGACUUAAUUCAGCCGGUGACAUAACACAAUCGAUCGAUCGUAGAAUCUGACCAAGUAUCACGUUAACAUCUUACGUGUUAAGAUUCCUUUUCUUAAAAAUAUCCAAAUAAUAAAGUAUCUACAUUUCGGCUUUUUAAAAACCAGUUCUUGUACAUAUUUAUCCAUUUUGUAUUACUGAAAGAGUUAAUGUUGGCUUUAACUGUGAUAUAUAAAUUAAUAGAAGGGACACAGGAUCGCGUUUGUUUACAGUUUCACAAUUUAACCGCAAAAACUGCUGAGCUGUUCAUAAGCUCUAGUGUAAGGCCUGAGUGGACGCUCGAAGCGGAGCGUUUGGCGGGCCGUGCAGCGUGGCAUCGGGCUCACAAGUGAUUUGAACAGCGUGCACUUAGACCGCUCCUAUACGUUUGCCUUCGUUUAACAUGCACGCUGCACGCCCAACUUGAGCGUCCACUCAGGCCUUACACUUACGGCUAUGGGAUACGCUUACUAAUAUCUCUAUCGGAUGCGUAUCAUUUUAUUGCUGUUCCGCUCGCACAGUGGCAUUGCGCUUGUGUCAUGGGCGGGACAGCGAUAAAAUUACGCAAAUGACGGGAAAAUGUACGGAAUUUUUCGUGCCAUGUGUCCUUACUUUACUCAAAGCAAGAUUUGUAAUAUUUUCACGAUUCUGUCACAUUUACUAAGAAAAUAAAUUGUGAAAUUGUGACAUUGGUUCUUCACGGGACUGUGUGAUAUUAAUUUACGACCGCAUGAUAUUCCGUAGGUUUUUAUUGCUCUUUUUUAUUAGCAAUUGAGUAAAACCAUAGAGGAAUAGGUAAGCAUAGAGUGCUCACUCGAUACAUCAGUUUCUUACCAAAACGCUUAUUAUUUUCGUAGUCGACAUCUAGCGUCGACUAGCGGAAUUAUCAGUACCGCUACUUGACACGUACUUGUUAUACGAAUAUAUUUUUUUAUUAUUAUUUCUCUAUGGUAAAAAUAAUGAAUACCUACCAUAAACAACGCAUGUUUAGAUAAGAGUUUCGCAUAGAAUAACUUUGAUGUUUGUGUUGUUCUUUGGUUCUUUGCACCCGAAACGUAUGGAUCAUGAUAGUGUUUCCUUCAUAUCACUAAAUUGUGGUUUGGACACGAUUUUCGAAAAUAUUUUUUUGUACCACAUCGAUGAUACUAAGCGAUCACCGUAUCCGAUGGACAUCUGUAACUCCAGUGGUAUUACAUGAUCGUUAUCGACCCUCUAACUAAACGGCUAAAAACUAUAGGGCCUCUACAUUUUCGUAGCUUCUGCUGAGAAGAACAAAGAAAGGUAUAUGUUAUUUAUCUGUCUCACUUAGCAGAAUAAUGGCAUAAAUUAUUUUGUGAGAAGGUAGAUGUAAAUACCUAUUCACUUAAAAGUAUACCUUUUUUCGAAAAACUAUUAACUUUUUGGUUAUUUCUACUCAGAAUCGCAGAGGACUAUCUUAAGAAGGAAAAAAGUGUAGUUUUUGACGCAUUUGUACAUACAUAUUGUAUGGACCGUGACAUAACUGACACCCAAAAUUUGUAUGAAAAACUGGGGACGCUUUGUUUUAAUCAAUAAUCCUCGCGAUUCUGAGUCGAAAUAACUCAAAAGUAAGUUAGUCCGUUGGCUAACCCUGGAACGCGCGAUCCUAAAUAAUAACUAGAUGAACAUUACUUAGAUAAUCGUGGCCAAACCUGAACAAUCAGAAUUAGUCGAGUCGAAUUUUUACUACAACAUAAUGUUCGCUCCUAUGAGGCAAGUAAAGUAUAAACACUAAAACCCGUAGUAUUCACGGUUUCGCUUGCAGUCGUUCAUAAGACGAAGACUAUUCCGAGAAAUAAACCGCUCUUUUUGAGAAAUACCAGACGUUGAUUUAACUUUCCAUGUGUCAUAAAUUGUGGGUUCCAAUGUCGGUUUAAAGUGGUCCUUCGAUCCGGAUCUCUACAGUUAUUGUCCCUUUAUUGGGAAACAUGAAGCACGUUUGACGUCUUUUUGACGCCAAUGAAGGAUAUAUCCGCACCGUAGAUCCAACGCAGAAGAUGGAUUAAUCCGUCACAAGGUCUAACGCCGAAGACGGAUUAAUCCGUCACAGAUCAAUUUCGACCUAUGCAUAAAGUUCAAUUUCAGUUUUGACACUUCGGUCACGUGGCGUCCGAGUGACAGCUUUUGUUUUUGACACGACAUCUAAAAGGUGCAUUUUUAACGACCUUGGUUUUUUGCCAAUUUAACUUGUCUUCUGCAUUAAACCAGGAUCCUAAACACAUUUUCUUUUAUCAUUUAAUGUGCUCUAUUCGAUACUAACGAAGUUUGAAACCAUGAUUUAAGAUAUACACAUGAAAGUUUAAUGGUUAAUACUGGUCGUUCAAGAAAGAUUGGCUAGGGUUUACUUUCUCUAACAGAUAGCAGGAGCUCUUAUAAAACUGCGAGCAGAACAGUGAGUGAGGUUUAUCAUAACACUAAUGUAACGAGAAAUACAGUAAUACAAUGUAAGCUUAUGUCGUACUGUAUACAUUAUACUAGGCGAGAACCUUCACAAUAAAAUGAAGACUUCAAUACAA